AUGUUUUUUUAUAGUUUUUCAACUUUAUCAGUAAAUGACUUUCAACGUGUAAAUGUGCAAAUUCGUGUUGUUGGAACUAAUUCUAAUUUAAUUGAAAUUAAAAAUGGAAAUGAAAAUAAAACAACAUUAACAUUAUUUUCAUGUUCUUUCCAUCAAUUAUGUUCAUCAUGUGCCUCUUCUAAAUGGCCUUGUCGUUGGUGUGCAACUGAAAAGCGAUGUUUAGAUGUUUCUGACUGGAGUAAUAAAUGCCCUCGAGAACAUGCUUUGACCCAAAAUAAUGGAUGUGCACGAAUUUUGGAAGCUAAUGGACUUCAAUUAGUUGUACCUGACUCUUCAAAUGUAUCAUUAGAAUUUUCGGUUGAGAAUUUGCCUUCAACAUCAAUUCCUCUUAAUUGUCGAAUGGAUGGAGGGUCUUUAAUUAAAGCUUCAAUUUUAUCUAAUGGAAAGAAUGUUCGUUGUCCUAUUGGAUUAUUUGGUUAUAAGGAACAUCUGCCUAUAAAGAAUUUUACUUUGGAAUUAUUAGCAGGUUUAGAACCAUUUGAUGCUACAAAAGUUUCAAUCUAUAAAUGUGAAUAUAUGGCAACAGAUUGUUCUCGUUGUAUGGCUUUAGAUCCAGUUUAUAGCUGUUCUUGGUGUGGGGGAAUAUGCAGACAUGUUGAAAAAUGUUCAUCGUCUUUAAGGGAUUCUAGAACUGCAGCUGCAGAUGAAUUAUGUACUUCGCCAACUAUUUAUUCGUUUUCACCAAAUAGCGGCCCUUUAGAGGGUGGAACACUUGUUGAAAUUAUUGGUCGUGAUUUAGGUUCCCAUCUUCAAGAUGUAAAAGACAGAGUUUUGAUUGCUGGUAUUCCUUGCCAAAUAAAGCAUUAUGAGGCUUCUGAAAGAAUUCUUUGUGAGACUGGCCCUUCUUUAUCUCCAAUUUCUGGACCAAUAAAAAUAACAAUUGGAAGGAGUGGACGUAGAAGUGUCGAUUCAAUUAAAGGAAAAAAUGAUGAAAACAGACAACAAAAUAAUAAUGGAAUAUUUAAUUAUUUAAGUCCUGAACCAAUUUCUGUUCAGCCAAAUUUUGGGCCACAAAGUGGUGGUACUCGUUUUGAAAUUUUUGGAAAGAAUUUAAAUGUUGGAAGAAAUGUUAGCGUACAUUUUGAUAAUUUGGAAUGUCAAAUUGUUGGAGAAGAACGAUUGUCUGAUCAACUUUCAUGUUUAACUGGCUCUAGUACUAGACGGACCUAUACAGUUACCGCUAUUAGACUACAAAUAGAUAAAGCAGUUCGUUUAAUUCCUGAUGCUCGAUUUGAAUAUAGAGCUGAUCCAAUUAUAAUUGAUAUACAGCCUAGAACAGCCCCUGAAGGUGGUGGAAGGAAUUUAACGAUAUUUGGCAAUAAUUUCGAUUCAAUCAUUUCACCAAAAAUUUUCCUUCUUUCACCUCCAAUUGUUUCAAAUGCCUCUCCUGAUGAAUGGGAAUUAGUUAGUGAACUUGGAACUUGUAUAUUAAUAAAUAAAACACAAAUGAUUUGUUCAAGUCCUCGUCUUGCUUUACCUACAGCUUUAUUAAGACAUUCACAAAUGGCUAGAUGGAAUAUUGGUUUUGCUAUGGAUGGGGUACAAAGUGUUAGAAAUCUUGGAGAUAAAAUACAGUUAACAACAGUUCCUGACCCACAAUUCUCUCCAUUUAUUGGUGUGCAACAACUUCAAUAUGAUCAACCACUUCAAUUAUCUGGACAAUGGCUAAGCCAGGCAGCUGAUCCUGAUGAGUAUUAUGUUACUAUUGGAAUGGAACGUUGUCCAGUAUUUCUUCUCGAACCAGAUCACCUUCUUUGUCGUCCACCCUCCCAUCGUCCAUUACCCACAGACGAUUCUGGUGCAGAAAUGGCCGAUGGCCGCCCUUUGGUUGUUGUUCGUGUUGGCCGUGUGCGUGUUGAAAUUGGCCCAUUAGACUACUUGGGAGGAGAUUCAACAGAAAAUUCGUUGAAUUCUGGAGAGGGAAUUGCUGCACGUCUUCUUCCCCGUCAAAAAGCUGCUGCAGCUGCAAUUUUGGCAGCUAUAGCAUGUGCUUUACUUGCAAUUGGAACGGUAACAGCAGCACUUUUGGGUUGGAGAAGACGGCGUUGUCAAGGUGUAGAAAAUGAAAGGUCCUAUAAACGUAUACAAUUACAAAUGGAACAAAUGGAAAGUCAAGUACGGCAAGAAUGCAAACAAGCAUUUGCUGAACUCCAAACAGAUGUUCUUUCUGAAUUAGACACUGUAAUAGAGAAUGGAAAAUUGCCUACUUUACUUAAUUUUGAUGACAAUCCUUCAAAUUAUGACAAUAAUGGAACUUUAAAUAAGAAAACAAUACAAACCCCGACAACAAAUAAUUUAUUAAUUCAACCACCAAUUUUGUCUCGUUCAGAAUUUAUUUCUCGAUUACUUUUUAAAGGAGAAACUUUCCCAACAUUUUUGGGUGUUCAAACAUUACAACAACCAUCACCUGUUGCUUUUGCACAAUUUGAAUCUCUAUUACAAAAUAGAUCUUUUCUUUAUGUUCUUGUACAAAUGGCUGAAGAAGAUAAUAAUAUGGGAGCGUCAGAACGUUCAAUGCUCGCUUCUCUUCUUUUGGUAACUUUAGGCCGUGAUUGGGCAUUUCUUUCUGAUGUUGUACUUUCUCUACUUUCUGCACAUAUUCAGCGUUGUUGUCUUUUGCAAAACCAAAAUAAUGGCCCAGUUGAUGCUAUAACAGGCCAAUCACGUUAUUCAAUUGCUGAACAAUCUUUACUAAGAGAACCUUUGGAGGCUAAAACUUUAAAUUUAUUUGUUAUUCCUUUGGACGAAACAGAAAGUUCUCAGGAAUUGUUAAUUCCUUCUAGUCCUGUCCAAUUUCGAGUUCUUGAUUGUGAUACUAUUGGACAGACUAAGGCAAAAUUGUUAGAUGCUCUUUAUUCUAAAAAUGUGGCUUUGCCUUUUUCACAAAGACGUUUAUGUGUUGAACAUUUUGAUUUGGAAUGGCGUUGCCCCCGACGUGGUCCUAUUAUUUUACUUGACGAUGAAGAAACAAAAACAUCAGUUAGAGGACGGGAACCUAAACGUCUAAAUACUUUAGCAUAUUAUGGAGUACUGGACAGAUCUCUUUUGUAUAUGCAAUGGAAAAUAGUUCCACCCCCUAUUGUACACUCUCAACAACAACAUACAUUCCGUAGCGGGUCAAGUGAUCAUUCAACACUUGGUGGUGGAUGGAGAAGUUCUGCCAAUCAACUUUUAUUAUCUGCUUCAUCAACAUCAUCUUCUGCUUCAAAUGAUUCCCCACAUAUUUUUACGUCUUUACAAAAUUUUGGAAAUAAUAAUAAAAUAUUACAACCUCAUUAUUUCCAUCUUUCUACACAAAUGACGACAAAAACAAAUAAUUUAUUAAAUGAAAAUAAAGAAAAAAAUUCAAAGAAAAAUAAAAAACGACAUAAGUUAUCCAACAACAAAAAUAUUCUUUCAACUAAAAAUAUUGAGAAAUCCCCGCCUCCUCCAGAAGUUUUAUUAACUCGACUUUUAAUGUGUAAAGGAGCACUUCAACGUUUCUUUGAAACAUUUUUUGAACAAGCUAUUUUACUUUCUUCUUCAAAUAUAGAGCAAAAACAACAACAAAUACCUGUUGUUUUAAAAUAUGUUUUUGAUUUUUUGGAUAUUCAGGCAGCUCAGAGUCAAGUUCCAAUCACCGAAGAAACCCUCCACGCUUGGAAAUCUAAUUGUUGGGUUCUUCGUUUUUGGCAACAAUUAAUUCAAUCUCCUUCACUUCUUUUUGAUGUUCCUGAAAGGCAACAAACACUUGUUGGUUCUCUUGCUGUUUUAGGGCAAACAAUUGUUGAUAUAUUUUCUUUAUCUGAAUUGAAAUUAGGCAAAGAAAGUCCUUCUUGUAAAUUAUUAUUUGCACCUGAAAUUGCUCGUUAUCGUCCAUUAUCAAUUCAAUUAAUUAAAAGAAUACAAGAACAACCCCCAAUUUCUCCCCAAUAUUUUUAUGAAUAUUUAUCAACAUUAAAUGAAGACAAUAAAUCUAUUGGUCUAUCACCCUCUAUUGCUUUAAAAGAAUUAUUUGGAUGGGCUAAAGCUAAUGGAAUUAAAUUAAUUGAAUGUUUAGAAAAUAAUUUGGAAGCUAAGCAGCAAAGAUUGGGUGAACGUUUAAAACAGUGUGUUGCUGCUAGUUUGGGAGGAAAUAAAAAAGAGAGUGGAAAUGUUAAUAGAACAAUUACUAUAUCCCCAACAUAUUAUGAAGAAAAUGUUUAUGCUACCUUAAAUUAA